AUGAUCAAUCAAAACAUAGGAUAAAGCUAAGUUGUCAGAUAAUCUACUAUAACAACAGUCACUACUAAUUAAUAGCCUUCAUAAAUAAGAGCUAGUUAAGGAAGUUAAGGUAACCCUUAUUCAAGCUAAUCAUAGCAGUCGAAUUAAUAUAAAUCAGAAGGAAAAGUAUUCGCAUUGAUUUUGCUUUUAAUUUCUCUUGGGCUUUUCAUCUAUUUUUAACAAAUAACUGACAGAUUCGAUGACUAUGAUGAGUGUAAGAAACUAUACGUUGCUUCCAAAAUUAAUGAAUAUGUGUGGUAUUAUGGAAUGUUCUUGCAAUUCUACUUUCUUACACUUGCUUUUGGUUCUGAUCACUGGAAAUGCUAUUAUUUCUAACAAGACUUGCCUAAAUACUAUAAUUUGUUUAAUUCUAUAUUUGGUAUUUGUAUUUUAGGUAUGACUAUUGCUUUACAAAUAUGCCUUAAUUACAAUGAAAAAUGCGGUAAUCUAACAGAUUAAGUGCGUGGUUAUCUUGCUGUUGGAUAUAUUGUUCUUGUUAUAGUAAUAAUCUAUGUUGCUUUUACUUCAAGAAAGGGUAGAACUUCUUCUGGAGCUAUCUAAAAUCCUAACACAUAAACAGUCAAUGAAAACUCAAGAUUAUAGUAAAACAGCUACUAACCUUAUGUAGAUUAAUGA